AUGGCAGGCGGCGGAGAAUUCGAGCGAGUCCCUCGCCCCGAGAACUACCCUCACGGGCCCGAGUUCCAGCCGCGCACGCUGCACCAGAGGUUGCAAGGGAAGUGGUGGUACCGCGUGCCUCCCAACCACAGCAAGCCCGUCUACCAGUUCCUGAGCAUUGGCCUUGGUGCAUCCAUGUGGUUCUGGAUAUCGGCCCGUAUAACAGGAGGGCGCCAUCAUGAGUCAUCACUCAUCAAUUAUGAAGCCAGACCGCGGAUUGCGUUAGAACAAAAGUCAGGCGCAUCAUCAAUGAAAUAA